AUAGACGUCUCCUAGUCAGCUGGUUAGAGUUCCACCCAUUAUUUUUCAAGUCGCGGUCGCUCCAUUCACCGCCAGUAGCAGCACUGUAUGAGUUGUGGCUUUCGGAGUAGUCUUUCAAAGUUUCAAUCGAAAAAGGAUACGCCCGUGCAGAUAUUCAUACAAAAAUAGUACGAAAAUGACUUCGUUAAAGACAUUUGAGGAUGAAGACCAUGAAAGUGAAUAUGGGUUUGUGUUUGCUGUGUCUGGACCCGUUGUUACAGCUGAAAAGAUGUCUGGUUCAGCUAUGUACGAACUGGUUCGUGUAGGUUACUUUCAACUGGUUGGGGAAAUUAUUCGUUUAGAAGGUGACAUGGCAACAAUCCAGGUUUAUGAAGAUACGUCUGGUGUUACUGUUGGUGACCCUGUGUUAAGAACUGGAAAACCACUUUCUGUAGAAUUAGGACCUGGCAUAUUGGGAAGUAUAUUUGAUGGUAUUCAACGGCCGUUAAAAGAUAUUAAUGAGCUCACCCAAAACAUCUACAUUCCCAAGGGUGUUAACAUACCUGCUUUAGGUCGUAGUGUUACUUGGGAUUACAAUCCAUCCAAUAUUAAGAUUGGAAGCCAUAUAACUGGAGGAGACCUCUUUGGUCUUGUUCAUGAAAAUACUCUGGUUAAACAUAAGUUAAUGUUGCCACCUAAAGCUAAGGGGACAGUUGUAUUUCAAGCUCCACCAGGAAACUAUAAAGUUGAUGAUAUUAUAUUGGAAACAGAAUUUGAUGGGGAAAAAUCAUCAUUUACUAUGUUGCAAGUGUGGCCCGUACGUCAGCCACGCCCAGUUACUGAAAAGUUGCCUGCCAAUUAUCCACUUUUAACAGGACAACGAGUACUUGACUCUCUAUUUCCAUGUGUACAAGGUGGAACAACUGCCAUUCCUGGAGCUUUUGGUUGUGGAAAAACUGUUAUAUCUCAAGCUUUAUCUAAAUAUUCAAACUCUGAUGUUAUUAUAUAUGUUGGUUGUGGAGAACGUGGUAAUGAAAUGGCUGAGGUACUAGGAGAUUUCCCAGAAUUAUCUAUUGAAGUUGAUGGUGUAACUGAAUCUAUCAUGAAGAGAACUGCAUUAGUUGCUAAUACUUCUAACAUGCCUGUAGCUGCUCGAGAAGCUUCAAUCUAUACUGGUAUUACUUUAUCCGAGUACUUCAGAGAUAUGGGAUAUAAUGUGUCUAUGAUGGCUGAUUCAACGUCUCGUUGGGCUGAAGCUUUGCGUGAAAUUUCUGGUCGUCUUGCUGAAAUGCCUGCUGAUAGUGGUUAUCCUGCAUAUUUGGGUGCUCGUUUGGCUUCCUUCUAUGAAAGAGCUGGCCGAGUAAAAUGUCUAGGUAACCCUGAACGAGAAGGGUCAGUUAGUAUUGUUGGAGCUGUCAGUCCUCCAGGUGGUGACUUCUCUGAUCCGGUUACAUCAGCUACUUUAGGUAUUGUACAAGUGUUUUGGGGGCUGGAUAAGAAAUUGGCUCAACGUAAACACUUUCCUUCCAUUAAUUGGCUUAUUUCAUACAGUAAAUAUACAAGAGCUUUGGACGAUUUUUAUGACAAGAACUUCCCUGAAUUCGUGCCUCUAAGAACCAAAGUUAAGGAGAUUUUACAAGAAGAAGAAGAUUUAUCUGAAAUAGUGCAGUUGGUCGGUAAAGCAUCACUAGCUGAAUCUGACAAAAUUACAUUAGAAGUUGCUAAACUAUUGAAAGAUGACUUCUUACAACAAAACAGUUAUUCGUCUUAUGAUCGUUUUUGUCCAUUUUACAAAACCGUUGGAAUGUUACGAAAUACUAUUGCUUUUUAUGACAUGGCACGUCAUGUUGUCGAGUCAACAGCUCAAUCUGAAAACAAGAUAACUUGGUCUGUAAUCAGGGACAGUAUGGGCAAUAUUCUUUACCAGUUAUCCUCUAUGAAGUUUAAGGACCCAGUUAAAGACGGUGAAUCUAAAAUCCGUGCUGACUUCGAUCAGUUAUAUGACGACAUCCAGCAAGCUUUUAGGAAUCUGGAGGAUUAAAAGUAUUUUUCACAUUAAUAUAUCGUUAUUCAAAAACAAAACAAAAGUUUGUAAAAAAAAAAAAAAAUAUAUAUUAUAAUGAAU